AUGGUGUUAAGCGCUCUUCUCCUCUCAACUGGAGUCGUCUCCACGCCUCUUCCUGCACCAACGGGAAUCCCCACAACCGCGGCUGCCAAAACGGAACUUGCAGCACUGACUGUCGCAGCUCAAGGAUCUCAAGAUGGCUACAGCAGAGAUCUGUUCCCACACUGGAUCACCAUCUCCGGUACUUGCGAUACACGGGAGACUGUUCUCAAGCGUGACGGCACCAAUGUUGUGACCUCCAGCGCUUGCGCCGCUACAAGUGGGACUUGGGUCAGUCCAUAUGACGGAGCCACCUGGACUGCAGCCAGUGAUGUGGAUAUUGACCACUUGGUGCCAUUGAGCAAUGCCUGGAAGAGUGGUGCAUCCGCUUGGACUACAGCUCAGAGGCAGACUUUUGCCAAUGACCUUACGCACCCGCAACUCCUUGCCGUCACUGAUAAUGUGAAUGAAUCCAAGGGAGACUCAGGUCCUGAAGAUUGGAAACCGCCGUUGACCUCAUACUGGUGCACAUAUGCGAAGAUGUGGGUUAAAGUAAAGUCAGUUUAUGACUUAACCAUCACAUCUGCUGAGAAGACGGCCUUGACAACAAUGUUGAACACGUGCUAG